AGAGGAAGUGGUCGGCACACUGUGUCAAGUCAGUCAUUUUCCAUUCAGCAGUGAGACAGGAUGAAGAUCGCUGUGUUAUUUCUCAGUCUUUGUGUGUUUCAUACACUUGCCUCAUCUGAUACCAGAAAAGAAGCCAUUCUGAGAGUCCUUCCCAACAAAUCCCAGUUCUUCCAGUACGGGACUGUCACUGUGAGCUGUGGGCAGCAGGGAGAGUGGAGGGUUAAGAAGAACACAUCUCAAAGCAUGAACCAAGAUUGCUUCACAUCCUGGGGUGGAAUAAAUGAAUCCCUCUGUUUCACCAAUGACCUUUACCCAUCAGACAGUGGAGUGUACUGGUGUGAGUCUGCAGAAGGAGAGUGCAGAGAUGCCGCCAACAUCACUGUGACCAGUGGCUCUGUGAUCCUGGAGAUUCCUGUUCUUCCUGUGAUGGAGGGAGACAAUGUGACUCUGCGCUGUAUAAACAGGACUCCUUCGGCCUCCAAUCUCACUGAUUUCUACAAAGACGGGUUUCUGAUCAGGAGCAGCUCUACAGGAAACAUGACCAUCCACAGUGUCUCUAAAUCUGAUGAAGGACUCCACAAGUGUAACAUCUCUGGAGUUGGAGAAUCACCAGACAGCUGGCUGACUGUCAGAGUGUCAGACUCUGCAGUUCCAAUGCUUCCCGUGAUGUCUGUGUCCAGACUGAUAUGUCACAUAGUCGUAGGGACUCCUUUCCUGGUGUCCACCAUUAUACUGGGACUCAAUAUAGAGAGACAGAAGAGGGUGAGACGGCUUGUUGCAGACGACAGAAGACACAAUGUCAUCAUGGAGGCUGAAAUAGAUGACAAAGACUGCGCCACAGAUACUGAAACAUUUAUUGUUCAUUGUUAA